CAACCUUCACCAAUUCCUCAACCAUCUCCGGUUCCCCAACCCUCACCGGUUCCUCAACCUUCACCGGUUCCU